UUCCGUUCCAGUAACACUCAAGUUUAAAUUGCAAUCGUAGAUGUUCCAUACAACAAAUCCAAAAUCAUUUUGCUUGAUUUGUUGCCUGGCUAGUCACCCAAGCACUGCUUAUAUUAUCUUCCUUUCGAAUAGUUUAAAACAGACUUAAAAUUUUCAGUGAUUUAACAUAAAAAUAAAUUGCAAAGAAGCCUUCUUUCAUCGCACAGUACAGUUGUGUUUGCAAAUCAUGGAGAAAUUAAGCAAAGUUUUCAGAAGCUGCGCUGGAAGCCAGCCAGGCAACUCCACGAAGCGGAGGCGAAGGACACCCCGACCCUACACUAAGGAUUUUAAAGUCAACCCCGAGAGCAGUUUUGCUGUGACUAUGUUCAAGGCUGUCAUUGAGUCGGCGAAGGCUCCGGAUGCGAACAUCAUUAUUAGUCCGUAUUCAGCGGAAGUUGUCCUGGCGGCACUCCUUCCCGGGAUCAGCGGCGAAUUAAAACCAGCUCUGAUGGAAUUAUUGUGCAAAAAUAAAAGACAGUUUCCGGAACUGAUAAGAAAGCUUGAUGCUGUUAACACAGACGGCGAAUUAAAUGCAGUGAACGCUGCAUUUUAUGACGACAAUUGUAGCCUGGCUCCGCAAUAUACAAAGGCAAUCGACAGCGCAAUGAAAUUUGGGUUUGUCAAAACACCGUUUGCAAAAUCACCUGGCGAAGCUGUGACGAUGGUGAACCAAUUCGUGGCGGAAAAGACUAAUGGAAAAAUAACCAAGUUGUUGGAAAAAGUCGAUCGCCGGACGCUGUUAAUUCUAGUGAAUGUCAUUGAUUUCUCAGGCCAGUGGGAAUGUCCGUUCGACAAGGAAGAAACCAAAAACGGGACAUUUUAUUGCCCGAACAAUUAUGAGAAAACGGUAGACUUCAUGAAGAACGAAGAUGCUACCGUUCGCGCGUACAAUAUUCAUGGUUAUAAAGCUGCCGAGAAAAACGUCGAAGUUGGCGACCCGCACAUGAUUAUUCUCAACGUGGUCGAGAGAAAAUUCAGCGUCAUGUUUUUGCUGCCAGCAAAAGACGCCGGCGGAAUCAAUAGCCUGGAAAAGGAAUUACCUAUUGAAAAAUUGUUGAAGUUGCGCCAAAAAAGUUCCGAGGAAAUGAUCUGCAUUGUCGUGCCGAAAUUCCGUAUCAGCUGCGGUCUUGACCUAAUACCGGGUGCGAAAGCUAUGGGUUUGGAGGAGAUGUUCGAGCCGUCAGUGACGAAUUUCGAGCAGAUGUUCGAGAACGACAGCCGGCCGAAGCGCGUUGACCAGUUCCGACAGGAAGUGGUAAUCGAGGUGGACGAAUACGGUAUCAAAGCAUCAGCGGCCACGUGCUGUAGUUUGGGAUAUAACUGCAUCAAAUACCCGGAUUUUCAAGUCGAUCACCCGUUCUUGGUGAUUAUCUGGAACGAGAUCGCCAAUGUCCCAGUUUUUAUUGGUCGUAUUACGGAGCCAGAUGAAACGGCUGAUUACAAUAACGUACCGCUUCAAUAAGCCCGGUUUAUUCUUAUUAGGAUAGCACUAUCGAAUGUCAUCAGUUUAACAGUUGGAAAAAUGACGCGUUCACGUGAAAUCUUUCCAAACAUGUUUCUGCAUUCACCUGAAAUCGAUCGCUGGGCAAAAUUUUUCAGAAUCCACCUAAGCAUUUAAGUAAGCGCAAAACAAACAGCUUAUGACUAGCAUAAUACUUUGCGGCGUGCGCGCUGAAUAUGCGGAGAUAAUAUGUAUUAGUAUGUUCGCUGUACGAUCAGGUGUUUGCAUGGGUAUGCAAAAGAACCGUUAA